UUGGAAGCCGAUCGUCGUUCAUUAAUAGAUGCCUACAUUCUGGAAGCCGUUGAACUUGAUUUGGACAAAAAGGAGGAAAAGACAUAUGAUGAAACUACUGAUAGACUUGCCGUUUAUCCAGAGAAGGAACAGGUUGUCGGAACAAGUAUUGUGGCAUCGCCUACAUUUUGCACUAUUGAGGCAAAAAGAGAUGAAGCGUUCUCUGCGGGUGAAGGAGAAGCAUUGGGACAAAUGCUGGCUCUCCGCCAAAAAUGCAGAUCUCCAAUCCAUGGCUGCUUGACAGAUGGAAUGCGUUGGACAUUCUACUAUUACUAUGUUGAUGAGGAAUUACUACCAAAGCAAGAUUUAUACCGCUGA